AUGUGGUUACUGGUGAGAGGACUGCGGCCAAACAAUGGUCAGUGCCAGGCCUCCCCCUCCAUGACCGCAGCUCACACUCCUGUGCCUCCACCACGAGAGGGGCCAUACUUCAGCUACAAGGACGUUGUGCACAACAAGAUGUCAAAUACACAACUGAACCUAAACUUGCCCGACAUCCGGGAUCAGCAGGGACAGGCUGCACGAUCCCAUCUCCGUGUCAUGCCAACUUCAAAACAGCUGACAGUAAUCAAUGAGAUUGCCAAUACCCCUGCAAGACUGCCACGGGAAUCGAUGGCACACAUUGGCCAGAAGUGCCAUGUAAAGUCUCCACAGGGAGGAAAUACUUACGACCUCCCACAUACUGGCGAAGGAGCAGCAGCCAAGACAAGCAACUCCCGUCUGCCUCCACUUGAGAAGCUCCUGAAGAGACGGGGAACAGUAAGGAAGAAUAACAUCUACGAUUCCUAACUUGAUAAUGAUCAUUAUUAACCAGGCUGUGAUAUUAUGUUAGGAAAGAUAUUUUUAUAAUGUUUUGUGAUAUGUGUUAUGUAACUGUGGGUAAAGUGCAAUUAUUGACAUGCAUAUUAUAUGCAGUAUGAGGAGAUAUUUAACAAUAUUGAUGCUUCUUGUGUGACUAGAUGUAAUGGUUUUCAGUUGAAUCUGGUGGUCAUUUUGAUACAUUUUAAGAGUCAGGGGUUUUAUCCUAUUUAUUUAUGUGUCUCUUGCAUGAUAGUUAUCAUUAUGCCAAUCUGACUUUGUAUAUUCCCUGAAGUGGAAACAUUGACAACAGGGUUCCAGGACACAUGUACCAGCUUUAUGUAUUUCUGAUACAACUCAAUUCUCUGACCAACUAACAUUUCAUGGCAGUUCCCUUCAAGGAAGUCUUUGCAGUAGUGAUUACCAGUUGAAUCAAGUCCUUGUGCAGGUUUCUUUACAGUGUACUAAGAUGUGAGGUGACAUGCCACUGAGCACCAUGUUGUUACAACACAUCAUGAACAUACAGUGUUAUUUUGGAAACAGUACAUGUCCCUUUUCUCACAUAUCUGAUGGAUACACUGGCUUCGUGUAUCUUCCACUUGAAUCAAGGACAAGCAGCCACAGUGAUGUGAAGCAACUACCAACAAUCUUCCCCCAUGGGGAUGCAUGUUACCAGAGAUCAGCAUGAACAGUCUUGUACAUGGGAGAUUACAUCAUUGCCAUAACUCCUGUAUCUGGCUGCAGUCACACAAAGCUGAUCAUGAGAAUGUUCAACUGAGGUCCUCCUCACUAUCCACUACACACAGCUAGUUGUCCAGAUGGGGCGGUGGGCUGGCCCAGUGAUUAAAGCGUUCGCAGAUGACCCGGGUUCAAAUCCCAACAUGGGUACAUGCCCAUGUCUGGUGUCCCUUGAUAAUAUUUCUGCCAAUAAACAUCCAGGGUACCGUUGUACAAAACAACCUUAGUGCUAAGGUGAUCAUAAGUGACCUCAACAUAGACUUAUAGUCAUACUCUUAGCGCUAAGGUUGUUUUGUACAACGGUACCCAGCUCUUGAGCUUGGAGGUGGGAAAAUCCUCACUUCAGAACUUCCAAACUCCACGAUCCAGAAGAUGGUGGAAGUAAUUCUGAUGUGAUGGAGGUAGUACUCUUAGCAAUAUUAAAACUAUUGUUUGAUAAUUCUUAUGAAUCCUCUACCUCUAUUACAUCACUGCCAGAAUACACCAGAGGGAAACAGGUAGGUUCUGGCUGUCAUACUCUCGGUGUAGUUGACAGCAGUAAUAUCCUCUUGUGGAUUCAUCCUAAGAAUC